GUCCCGUGUUUUUUUUCAUGCCGAACUAUUUUCUAAAUGUUUAUAGUUUUUAAUUACAGCGGUUGUUCCGCAGAGUUGUUUCCAAAGAUGAUGCACGCUUUGAAAGGCAUCAGGCACUACAGCACAGUGAAACAAGCAGUUUCAGAGCUCUCUGUGCCGGUCCCGUGGGGGGAGAUCAGAGGUAAAGUCUGGGGUCCUGAUCAUGGUCGUCCUGUGCUGUGCCUGCACGGCUGGUCUGACAACUGUGGAACAUUCAACACCCUCAUUCCCCUUCUGCCAAAAGAGUGCAGAUAUGUGGCGGUGGACCUGGCAGGUCACGGUCAGUCAUCACAUCGUGCUCCUGGAGUUUUCUACUCUUUUCCGACAUAUGUGAUGGAUGUACACAGAGUUGUUGACGCUCUGCAGUGGAAAAAAUUCUCCAUCAUAGGCCACAGCAUGGGUGGCAACAUUGCUGGACUGUACAGCGCACUGUAUCCUGAGAUGGUGGAUGCCGUCGUACUGCUGGACUCUUAUGGAUUCUUACCUACAGAACUGAAAGAAGUGCCUAAAGUGAUGAGGCAGGGCUUUGACGAGCUGCUUCAGUUUGAAAAAAAGACAGAGGAGAAGAGGAUAAGAGUUUACACUUAUGAAAAUGCAGUAGAGAGGCUUUUGGCUGCAAACCCGACUCUUUCUGAACAGUCUGCGCACAUCCUUUUAGAGCGAGGUGUAGCUCAAGUUGAAGGAGGAGUGGUGUUCUCUCGAGACUUUCGUGUUAAUCUGAAAAACGUGCGCAUCAGUUUUGAGCAGAGUCUGGAGAUGCAGUCGAGGAUACAAGCCUCUGUUCUAGUUGUUCUAGCAGAGGACGGCUUUAAGAAACUCUUUCUUGAUUCAGAUCAAAGGAAAUUUACCUCAGCACUUCUCCAGGCCUAUAGGGACAGAAAUCACACGGUGGUGACAGUACCAGGAGAUCAUCACAUCCAUCUGAAUAAUCCUGAAGUCGUUGCUCCACUUGUGUCUGACUUCCUGCAGAACAAAGUGCUCUCACAGUCAGCCGCCCUGACAAACGAAGGGAACGCCAAGUUAUAGCAAACACAAAUAAGCAUCGAUUUUGCCUCAAGUCAUAGAACACUGCUACAAGUUCCUGUGUUUAUACUGUAAAGCUGACCCUCUGUGCUCCAACCAGAGUCAACCAGCUGCCUUAGCAUCAACCAGUUGCCUCAUGCUGCUUUUGGUAAGAUGAUACUUUCUGAUACAAUGGGAAUUACACUCAGCGGCCACUUUACUAGGUACACCUUGCUAGCACCGGGUUGGACCCCCUUUUGCCUUCAGGACUGCCUUAAUCCUUCGUGGCAUAGAUUCAACAAGGUACUGGAAACAUUCCUCAGAGAGUUUGGUCCAUAUU